AUGGAAGCUUUAGUAAAAUUAACAGAAGAGAACAUGCGAUUUGAUAAGGUUGCGGAAUUGUAUAGUGAAGACAAGGCGAAACAAGGAGGUAGUUUAGGUUGGAUGAAUCGAGGAUCGAUGGUAGGAGAAUUCCAAGAUGCCGCAUUCGCAUUACAACCAAGUACUUUAGAUAAUCCGAUCUUUACCAAUCCACCGAUAAGAACAAAAUUUGGCUAUCAUAUAAUUAUGGUGGAGGGUCGAAAAUAA